GUGUACGAGGUGGUGCCGUGUCAGAGCGACUGUAAUCAGUACGUUUGGGUCACCGAGCCCUGGAGCGUGUGGAAAGUCAGCAACGUGGAUCUGAAGGAGAACUGUGGUGAAGGUGUCCAGACCAGAAAAGUCAGGUGCAUGCUGAACACUGUGGACGGCCCCUCUGAGUCUGUGGAGGAUUACCUGUGUGACCCAGAGGAGAUGCCCCUGGGGGCCAGGGAGAGCCGGCUGCCCUGCCCGGAGGACUGCGUCCUGAACGACUGGGGCCCCUGGAGCCGCUGCAGCAUGCCCUGCACCAGAAACAACAGUCGGGCGCGGGCAGCGUACACCCUGCGGUACCCCACGGUGGGGAGGCAGUGCCCAGAGACGACCGACAGAGAGCCCUGCCGUCUGAAUCUCAACUGUUUCAACUACUUCUACAACAUCACAGACUGGAGCACCUGUCAGCUGAGUCCCAACGCCGUGUGCGGCGGCGGCAUCAAGACCCGGAUGCUCGACUGCGUCCGCAGCGACGGCAAAUCUGUGGAUAUUAAAUUCUGCGAGGAGCUGAACCUGGAGAAGAGCUGGCAGAUGAACGUCUCCUGCACCGUGGAGUGUCCCGUCAACUGCCAGCUGUCGGGGUGGUCGGCCUGGUCCGAGUGCUCACAGACCUGCGGCCUGGAGGGUAAGAUGCGGAGGCAGCGCUCCGUGGUCCAGGCCUCGCAGGGCGACGGCCGGCCCUGCCCCUCCCAGAUGGAGCAGUGGAAGCCCUGCCCGGUCCGACCCUGCUACCGCUGGCAGUACAGCCCCUGGUCUGAGUGCCGGGUGGAGAGCGUGGUAUGCGGACACGGCACGCGCUACAGGAACCUGACCUGCUUCGUGUCGGACGGCUCGGGCGACGGCGAGAGCAGCGUGGUGGACGAGGAGCUGUGCGGCGGCCUGGAGCUGGCCGUGGACGGAGACAAACAGAUCGUCCUUAAAGAGGCGUGUGUCCUCCCGUGUCCAGGUGAAUGCUACCUGAUGGAGUGGUCCGACUGGAGCUCGUGCGUCAGCAUCUGUGUGAAAGCUGCGGGCGUGGACUUCGGUUCUGUUCAGGUCCGGUCGCGGGCCGUGUUGGCCCAGGAACCUGAGAACCUGCAGCAGUGUCCGGACCAGGCGUGGGAGUCUCAGCCCUGCACCGGGGGUGAAUGUUACGAGUACAAGUGGUUCAGCAGCAGCGGGCCAAACUCCACCCGACCGUUUAUCUGGUGUCAGCGCUCAGAUGGACUCAAUGUCACCGGUGGUUGUCCAGCAAUAAAUCCUCCGGUGGACAACAGCUCCUGUGACCCUCCCUGCCUCAUGCCCAAGUCUUUCUGCAGCGAGGCCGGGGUCUGCAUGUGCGAGGAGGGCUUCACAGAGGUUCUGUCUUCUGCUGGCCAGCUGAACCAGUGCACCCCMAUCCCAGUCCUGGAGAUCCCCACGGCGGGGGACAAGAAAGGCGACGUGAAGACCAGCCGCGCCGUUAACCCCACGCUCCCCAGCACCAUCCAGCCAGGACGCACCGGAYGCACCUGGUACCUGCAGCCCUACGGACCAGAUGGGAAGCUGAAGAUGUGGGUGUACGGUGUAGCAGCCGGAGCCUUUGUGCUCCUCAUUUUCAUAGUGUCUAUGAUAUACCUAGCUUGCAAAAAGCCAAAGAGACCUCAGAGACAGAGGCAGCAAAACAACCGACUAAAACCUCUGACUCUGGCCUACGACGGGGACACGGACAUGUAGAGACGACUCGCCGAGCGCUUCACCUGUCACCACUUCAUCACGCCGUCACAGCCAGGGACAUGGACGUCUGCAGCAUGAAUGGACACAUCACAGAUAAUCCUCUUAGCAGAAACACAGUUCUGUUAACCGGUUUAAGUCGAGCUCUGUUAACUCCACUUUUCUUUCCUUUUUUUAAUUUUGUCAGAGCCUCCCUGACCUCCAGCUCAGUGAAAUAUUUUCUCUUUCCCCCGACCCAACAUGUUCCUCAUCGUUAACUGUGAGCAUAAAAAGGCCGGGUGCAGACAGCAGCACCCGCCCGGCGCUCGCUUAUUCCGCUCGUCCCAGAAAACGCUGAGUAGCUGGAGGCUUUGGAUGCUCUGACGCUUCGUACGUUGCCAAAAGUCACCGCAGGGAAGAGGAGGAGGGAGGAGAAAAUCUCCAUCAAAAGGUUUGGAUUCCUUCUCCCUCAAUCCUCAACCGGGUUUUGACUCAAAUCUCUUUUCCAGUCUUGAACAAAAGGAAGGUUUUUUUCUGCUUGAUUCAGAGGCGCACAAGCCUGUGUUUGUGGGAUAAACUGAUCCGUGUGAUGCUGAUGGAGGAGAAGCCUGGAAACUACUGCCUGCCUGUUUGUCCUUGCUUUCUUUCAGGCACUACAUUGCACUAUAUUAGUGCAGCAUGAUAUGCACACGUGACUUCUACCUUCUAUUGCCAUAAAACACUGCCUCUUCCACAAACAGAACCGGACAGCAGAGGAGCAGCCGACAACACCAGGACAUUCAGAGUUCACAGAAACAGGUGUGGAGUAAAUAACAUGUAUAGAUUUUAUUUCUCACAGCUGAGGUUUUUUUUCUUUUUGGUUGUAGUAAAGUACAUUUUUGUGGUUUGUAGAUCUCGUUUGGUGUUCUCACCUUAUUUCUGCCCAGACGCAACUCUGAUAUCAGCGGGUGGUUUUGUUUUUAAAUGAUUUGGUUCAUUUUCUUACCGUUUACCUGAACACACAAAGUGGAGAAAAACUGAAGCCAUUCACAUCGCGCAAAUGUCAUUUCUGCCUUACUGACGCCAAUUAAACAGAACUGCUCGUUUAACAGGGCAAAUAUACUCUACGGCAAAUUUAACAAAGCUAAAAUCUGUUUCUUGUAGGAAACCGGUGCGUUUGUACACCUUCCUCAUGUACUAACCAUAUCAUAGAUGCUCUAUUGUUUUCAGUCUCACUUUGUAGAGAUAAAAAAUAUAUUUAAAAACAAAACGAACACACAAAUGUACAAAUAAAAUAUACAAUAUGUCGAUACGAACAUGCUUCUUCUGAGUUCAGUGUGGAGAAAAAAAACUGAUGUGGAGAAUGUUUACUUUUUUUCGUGAAAUUUGUAAAUAAUGUUUUUUUAUUUUUUUGAAAAAAAAAGUACGUGUACAUUUAUUUUGUAUUGCAAAGUGGGUGUAUGAUAUUGUUGUAUGUUGUGACAAAAAAGAGGGAAACAAAAAAAGACAAAGAUYCGAUUGUUUUGUACAGUUUGUUCGUAUGUAUGGAGAGAAUUACUGAAAAUAAACGCGAACAAGGUUGUCAACAAAACA